ACACAACAGAAGCUCUCUUUUUCAAUCGCUUUUUCCUCUCACUUAACACAUAUUGCAUGGUGCAUUUGACACGGUUUCGUCGGUCUUUCAAACCUAGAAAUAUAUAUUGAAGCCAUUGAAGGCUAUAUUAAUAUUUUAAUUUUCUUGAAAACUUUUCUCUUCUUUAAUUGGGGGUUUUGUCUCUUUGAAAGUUAUAAUAACCCACCAAAUUGAUUAUUAUUUUAACUUUUUUCUAGGAAACUUUUUUUUUGUUUUUUAUUGGUGUUUUGUCUCUUUGAAUUUAUAAAUUUCAAAUCCUGAAGGUGUGUUUCAGUUGAGGUUCUUGACUUUGGAUUUUUACUUUUUGAUUAGCUAUAUAUAAUGAACCAGACUCUUCAAGAUUAUUAAGCAUUUGAAUUGAAGAGUCUCGACUUCUAGAUUUAUUUAUUCAUUUAUAUAUUUCAUAUUUGCAUGUUGAUUUCUCUCUAUAAAAUACUGUUCAUGCAUAAGAGAGGAAGCUAGAAGCACUUUUACAGAAGUGCUUUUCGGAUUCAUUCAUCUCCAAGCUCAAGAGUGAUUCUACACUAAGCAAGUUUCAACUUUUCCAAAAGCACUCUUACCUCUUCUAGAAAAAAGCACCAAAAUGUAAUCUUUAAUCAAUUCCUUUUCGCACACAUAAUUAGCCAUGGAGAGUUUCUGCAAAUAAACCCUUCCACCAAUUCCAUAAACCAAACCAUGAGGGAGAAGACCUCUCUCUCUUCUUUCUCCCUUUCUCUCUCUCUAAAAGGGAAAAAACAUGGACAUUUCACAGCUUCUUCUUGUGCCCUCAAUUUUCUUGAUGUUGAUUUCUGCAUUAAAUUUCCCGGAAAUUGUUGCAGCGGAAAUUCAAGUUUCAUCCAUUACUUCUCUUCCAGAUUUCUCAAGUGAAAAUUUAGUUGAAACAAACAAUGUCUCACAACCCAUGACAGAGAAAGAUAAUACAGAAAGAGUGGAUCCUUUGAAUGAUUUAAAGAAAUACAAAGGAGGUUUUAACGUAACCAACAAGCAUUAUUGGAGUUCAACUGCAUUUACAGGAAUUUAUGGGUAUGCAAUUGGGGCAUUAUGGCUAUUGGGUGGAAUUAUCUAUGGAGGUUUUGUGGUUUCAAAGAUUUUGUUUUGCAAGAAGAGAAGAGAAGAAAAGUUGAAGAAGAAAAGGGCAAUUUGCAAUAACCAGUGCUACUUUUGGCCCAUCGUCCUAGCCACAUUCUUCACAAUUUUAGCAAUAGUUGCAUCAGGGUUAGUUCUUGGAGGAAAUGAAAAAUUCAAUUCAAGAGCAAGCAAAAUAGUGGACAUUAUCAUAAACACAGCCAAUGAAGCAUCAGAAACUUUAUAUAACACAACAGAAGCCAUGAAAGAAAUGGAGAAUAACUUGGAAUCAUCAAAUGGACCCAGUGACACUUCUGUUUUUCUAUCCUCCACUUCUCAGAAACUUGAAGAUGAAGCCGCCGUUAUUGAAAGGCAGGCCAGGAAGAACAGGCGACUCAUCGAUAAGGGCCUCAAGAUAGUGUAUGUGGUAACCACGGUGACUGUUUCCCUGAAUCUGGUUGCAUUGAUUGCUCUAUCAGUUUCUGGAGUUUUCAGGUUCCAGAAGGCUCUUAACCUGCUAAUUACUCUGUGCUGGAUCUUCACAUUUCUGUGCUGGAUGCUGUUUGGGGUGUACUUUUUCCUGGAAAGGUUGUCAAGUGAUACUUGUACAGCUCUAGAAAACUUCCAAGAAAAUCCCAAUAACAACAGCUUGAGUUCAAUCCUUCCGUGUGACGAAUUGCGCUCGGCUGAAUCUGUUCUUUUCGACUUCAGCACAGGCGUUUACAAAGCCGUAAAUGAGGUAAAUGAAAACAUAUCAAUAUCAUUUCCAAGUAUCCCUCAUGUCUGCAAUCCCUUCUCAGGGCCACCAAAUUACAAAUACUUGACAGGCUACUGCCCUGAAAACACUAUUCAAAUCGGCGAUAUCCCAAAGGUAUUGAAGGUAUUUACUUGCUCUGAUGCCAACAAUGGAACCUGUGGUGAAGAGGGAUUUUUCAUAACAAGCAAUGAGUAUACAACAGUGAAAGCAUACACAAGUUCAAUUCAGAACCUGCUAAAUGUGUAUCCUGACAUGGAAAAUCUGAUAGAAUGUCAAUCAGUGAAGGAUGCAUUUUCUGAAAUUCUUGUCAAACACUGCAAACCAUUGAAGAGAAAUGUGCAUUUGGUGUGGUCAUCUCUGGUUUUUCUCUCCAUUGUUAUGGUGUUUCUGGUUCUGAUUUGGAAUGACCAAGCUCAAAAUGACCAAGAACUUCACUCUUCAGAUGGUUCUGUGAUACCCCAUUUUGUAACACCAAAUGUUUCCAAAUGUGAAACCACUAAAGAAGGUUCAGAAGAUCACCAAAUCCCAGUUUAGUUUAGAAAUUAUAUAGCACCCCGGCAACAUUACUCAUCAAUAAUAAUCAUUAGGAUCCGCUUUGAUUGAAGUACAGAUUGAUUCAAAGCAAUCCAAUGAUUAUUAUUAAUCUGAUAACGUUACUGAGUCGGUGUCAUAAGAAUAUUUAUCCACAAGAACGGAUAUAUAAGUAUAUAAUAUUGGAAGGCAAAACAAGCUAAUGGCUUCCAAUGAAAUAGGAAAAUAUACAAAAAAAAGGAGAAAUAGAUGUAGAAGAUACAAAGAGAUAGAUUGUGUUCUCUGCAAAGGGGAUCAAAUUUGAUAUACAUUUUUUGUUUAAUUGUACAGAACAGUUUAUGCAAAUCCUUGGAAGGCCAAAUUUGGGGACCAACCCAAAAAUGGAAUUGAAAGAAAUUUUCAAGCAAUAAUAUCUUCUCCAAUUAUUUGAA